AGCUCCUCAUCGCUAUAGUGACUUUAGCACUGUGUCACAAUGUGACACCAGUAGAGACCGCUGGCUCGGACGACUGGACGCUGCAUCUCCUAGUCCUGAUGAGGCAGCGCUCGUGAAGUACGCCCGAGAGUGUGGGAUCAAGCUGAUAAGAGAGACGAUGAUUGUAUA